GUCGCAUUAGAGCGUAGACGACAUGUCCAAGCCGACGCAGCUUACGCCGUUCGGCUAUGCGCUCGCGGGGGCGCUGGGUGCCUGCUUCAGUAACGCUGUUGUGUACCCUCUAGAUAUCGUGAAGACGCGGAUCCAGGCAGCCACCGUCGACUCCGACCCCUCCGAGAAGGAGAAGCUGGGCGCAAUCAACAUCCUCCUCCGCAUACUCAAGGAGGAGGGCUUCAGCGGGUACUACCGCGGCUUCAUAGCGACCAUGCUCAACACUUUCUCCAUGCAAUACGCGUACUUCUUCUUCUACUCCUUCGUGCGCACGUCCUACAUCAAGCGCCUAGCCUCCAAACGCCCCGCCGGCAGCGCGUCGGCACCCUUGAGCACGGCCGCCGAGCUCGCGCUCGGCGCAGUCGCAGGCGGGCUCGCGCAGAUAUUCACCAUCCCCGUCGCGGUGAUCGCGACGCGCCAGCAGAUCGGGCGGUCGCUCGACCGGCCGUCCGCGAAGAAGGCGGGCAAGGCGCCCGCGGGCGCCGAGAAGCAGGACGCCGCGGAGGACGAGUACGACGACUCGUUCCUGGGCGUCGCGCGGGAGAUCAUCGCGGAGGAGGGCGUGACGGGCCUGUGGCUCGGGAUCAAGCCCGGGCUCGUGCUGACGGUGAACCCCGCGAUCACGUACGGGAUGUAUGAGCGCGUGAAGAGCGUCAUGCUCGUCGCGAAGGGCGAGACGAGCGCGAAGGCGAACGCGAAGCUGAGCCCGUGGCAGGCGUUCACGGUCGGCGCGCUGAGCAAGGCCCUCGCGACCGUCGUCACGUACCCGUAUAUCAUGGCAAAGGUGCGCAUCCAGGCGCGGUCCGCGGACGUCGAGGAGGCGCAGGAGGAGCACAUCGCGCUCCCGCAGCACAACAGGCCGCACCACAAGACGGGCCACCACGUCGGCGCGCUGACCGUGCUCGAGCGCAUCUGGCGGCGCAACGGCUUCCUCGGCUGGUAUCAGGGUAUGGGCGCGCAGCUGGUGAAGGCGGUGAUCACGCAGGCGCUGCUGUUCAUGUCGAAGGACCAGUUCGAGCACUGGGCGCUGGGGAUCAUGGUCUUGCUUUGGCGGCUGCGGGGCGGGAAGUCAUGAUGUGUGGAUUGGAUGGAGUGUACCGCUUGCUUGAUUUUGUAGGACGGAGGCUGCUGUGGGUGUAUACCGCUUGUAGGUGUCGGGCGCAAUUUUU